GGAAACUGUAAAUCUUAUGUGGAUGGUCUAGAUAUAUAUUGUUUUCGGUAGAAGAACAUAGAAAGUUAUUAUUAUAUUUUGUAAUUUCAGAAAAUGAGACUAUGUAUUUAUAUGCUUGUAGUUGUAACUGUCAAGGAUUCACUUUACUUAAGUCAUAGUAGUAACACUAGCAGUAACUACUGAGUAGGUACAGCAACCGAGAUUUAGGUUUCUGGCAACACAACUAUUUUUUCUACUUUUAUUUUUAUUAUUUGCGCCAGUCUCUGAUACUUCAUUACUUGUGUCUUAUUUAAUUAGAACGAAAACGUGUAAUGAUAAUAUAGGCCUAUUCGUAGGUUGAGAAUGAACGAAUCCAGACCUUAUUUUUACAUUGGAGAAAGAAGUAAAAGCGUCAGUCAUCUAACUACUGCCAGUGCUAGUGAAGUUGGUGAGGAACAGUGUAUUGAAGGGCUGAAUGAUCAACAGCAAGUACUCUGCUCACUUUGGCCAUGGUUUCAUGAGAGCCAAACACAGUGAUAAGACACUAUGUUGUGGCCCUUGUGCAUGUUCAAUGAUCAACUACAUUCAACCUGCUCUCCCGUAUAUUUUUGAAAAUGGUCCAUUUUGCACUUGUCCUGUGAGACCUGAUGUGGAAGAUUUUGUUGACUACGAUGAUUUUAGUGAAGGAAAACAAGUCAUUGUGGGAAUUUGUGCCAUGGCUAAGAAGUCGUACUCCAGACCAAUGGGGGAGAUACUAACUCGUUUGGAAGAGUUUGAAUACAUCCGUACAGUAAUAUUUCCCGAAGAAAUUAUUAUAAAUGAACCAAUAGAAAAAUGGCCACUUUGUGAUUGCUUAAUUUCCUUUCAUUCAAAGGGUUUUCCUCUUUCCAAAGUAAUAGAUUAUGUGAAAUUGAGAAACCCUUUCAUCAUCAAUGACUUGUACAUGCAGUUUGAUAUCCAAGAUAGACGUAAGGUUUACAGUAUUAUAGCUAAAGCAGGAAUUGAGUUACCAAGGUUUGCAGUUCUUGAUAGAGAUUCUCCUAAUUCAGCAGAAAAUGAGUUGAUUGAAGCAGAAGAUCAUGUGGAGGUCAAUGGCGUUGUUUUCAACAAACCAUUUGUGGAAAAACCAGUCUCUGCAGAGGACCAUAAUAUAUUUAUCUAUUACCCAACAUCUGCAGGUGGUGGGAGUCAGAGACUGUUUAGAAAGAUUGGUAGUCGCAGUAGUGUUUAUUCUCCAGAAAGCAGAGUAAGGAAAACUGGAUCUUUUAUUUAUGAGGAAUUUAUUCCUACGGAUGGAACUGAUGUAAAGGUAUACACUGUGGGACCUGAUUAUGCUCAUGCAGAGGCGCGCAAGUCACCAGCAUUAGAUGGUAAAGUUGAACGAGAUAAAGAAGGCAAAGAAGUAAGGUACCCAGUCAUUCUUGGAAAUACAGAGAAAUUAAUAGCCAGAAAAAUAUGUCUGGCAUUCAAGCAAACAGUUUGUGGGUUUGAUUUCUUAAGAACAAAUGGCAAGUCCUAUGUGUGUGAUGUAAAUGGAUUCAGUUUUGUCAAGAAUUCUAUGAAAUAUUAUGAUGACUGUGCAAAGAUAUUAGGAAACAUGAUACUUAGAGAAUUGGCCCCACAGCUGCACAUUCCUUGGUCGAUGCCAUUUCAGCUAGACGAUCCACCAAUAGUUCCAACCACGUUUGGAAAAAUGAUGGAACUCAGAUGUGUUAUAGCAGUAAUCAGGCAUGGAGAUCGCACUCCAAAACAGAAGAUGAAGAUGGAAGUAAAACACCCUAGGUUUUUUGAGAUAUUUGAAAAGUAUGGAGGCUACAAAGAUCACCACAUUAAGCUAAAAAAACCCAAACAACUUCAAGAAAUUCUGGAUAUUGCAAGAUUUCUUCUCUCAGAGCUGGAUAAAAAACCUGAUCUUGAAAUUGAAGAAAACAAGGCUAAGCUGGAACAGUUAAAGGCAGUCUUAGAAAUAAUGCUAUCCAUUGAGGAGUUCUCUAUGAAGGAGUACUGGUAUGGACACUUUUCAGGGAUCAAUCGGAAGGUUCAGUUGAAAUACCAACCCAAAGGUCGACCUCGUUGCUCUAGCAGUGAUGAAGAUAUUCCUCGAGAACCAUCUUUAGUCCUGAUCCUGAAGUGGGGUGGGGAGCUAACUCCUGCAGGAAGGGUGCAGGCUGAAGAACUUGGUAGAGUUUUCCGAUGUAUGUACCCAGGGGGACAAGGUGAAUAUGCUGGGACUCAAGGCUUAGGUCUACUGAGAUUACACAGCACCUACAGACAUGACUUGAAGAUCUAUGCUUCUGAUGAGGGUCGAGUGCAAAUGACAGCAGCUGCUUUUGCAAAAGGAUUACUUGCAUUGGAAGGGGAACUUACACCUAUCUUGGUUCAGAUGGUGAAGAGUGCAAAUACCAAUGGGUUACUUGACAAUGAUUGUGACUCCAGCAAAUACCAGAUCAUGGUGAAACAGAGGUUACAUGAAGCAUUGCAAAUGGAUGAUGAAUUCACGGAAGAAGACUAUGAGCGGCUGAACCCAACCCAUGCAAGGUCCAUUCAGAAUGCCAUGCAGUUUAUCAAGAAUCCUGUGCAAGCUUGUCAGCAUGUUCAUGACUUGAUCCAGAAGUUUAAUGUUCUCAUAAAACAGAAGAGAGAAGAUCCUUGUCAGCCUGAACCUCCUCUUUAUCAUGGUGAAACUUGGGAUUUAAUGCAGCGAAGAUGGGCCAAAUUGGAGAAAGAUUUUAAACUAAAGAAUGGAAAGUUUGACAUCAGUAAGGUGCCAGACAUCUAUGACUGUAUAAAAUAUGAUUUACAGCACAAUCAGUACACACUACAGUUCCCUCAUGCUGAAGAGCUUUACAUCUAUGCCAAGGCCUUAGCAGAUAUUGUUAUUCCACUGGAAUAUGGUAUUACAAAGAAAGAGAAACUUACAGUUGGAUUAGGAAUCUGUACUCCUUUACUGAAGAAGAUCCGUGCAGACUUGCAUCGGAAUAUUGACCCUUCGGGUGAUGAGACAGAGAGUGUGAAUCGUCUAAAUCCACAGUAUUCUCAUGGUGUAUCGUCACCAGGGCGGCACGUGAGAACACGUCUCUAUUUCACCAGUGAAAGUCACAUUCAUUCUUUAUUGACUGUACUGCGUUAUGGUGGACUGUUGGAUAAUGAAAAGGAUGAACAAUGGCAUCGGGCAAUGGAAUAUGUUAGUGCUGUUUCAGAACUGAACUACAUAACACAAGUGGUAAUAAUGCUUUAUGAAGAUCCUACAAAGGAUCCCUCUUCAGAAGAAAAAUUUCAUGUGGAGCUUCAUUUCAGCCCAGGUGUGGUGUGCUGCGUACAGAAAAACCUUCCACCUGGACCGGGUUUUCGUCCUCAGUCACGGAAUGGUCCUAAAGAAAGACCGAUUUCUCUUGGCAGCCAACCCUCGGCUGAGAAAAAAGGGUUGGCAAGCCUUGCUGAUGUAGACAAACAUGGCCGUAUUGAUGAAGAAGAUGAUGAUCUAACAUUGGAGGAAGAAAGUAAAGAUCAUGAUGUAGGUAGUGAUUCUGAUUCUCCAACUUUACGGGAAGAAUCUGUAGCCAAAGAAGAAUCCAAUGGAAGUGAAAAUGCAGCUGUUGAAGUGAAGACUUGCUCUAAAUCAUCAGAUCCUAUCCCAAUCAGUGGCAGCUCCGAGUGUCAUUUAGAGAUUGAUAGACAAAAACCAUUUCCAAUCAUGAGAAGUAACUCUGACAGCCCAAGACCACGAAGUCUGGAGAGUGAAAACAGUGCUGAGAAACAAGAGAAAAACAAUAGCUCUCUCACUCAAAGUCUAGAAGAUGUCAGUUGCACUAAUGGAGAAGGAAAUAAUGGCACAGGAAGUUUUCGGCGCCAUCGGCACUCCAUCCCAGGCCAGUUAAGUUCCUAUCUCCGUAUGUGUAGUGCUGCAGAUCUCCCUAAAAUCUCUGGAUUUUUACAUCUAGGUGGACCUGCUGCUAGCCUAUUUAGUACAGCCGUCAUCAGUGGCUCUACCAGUGCUCCAGAGUUAAAGAAUGCUGUUCCUCCAUGUGCUUCAGAUGGCUACAUGAAUUUGCCAUCUAUUCGUCCACUGGAGACCCUCCACAAUGCUCUAUCUCUCAGUCAACUGGACAACUUUCUAGAACGAAUGACUACAGCUAUUGUAAGAAUGCCUCUUUCUUCCCUCCCGAAGGUGCCAUCAACUGUUUGUUCAUCAGCAUUCCUUAAUUACUCUUAUAUGAGCCAACCAGCUAUUCUACCAAUUAUAUCUCCAUCUAGCAGCAUGGUAUGGAGUGGGCCUCCAUCAUUUGUCUCCAGCAGUGGUCCAUCUUCUCCCAAUUCUUCUUCUCUCGAUAUAUGGACCAGACUCCGACAGAUGGCUGAAAGUGAACCAACAACAGCAGACUCCUCAACACCAGGCAGUCGAAACAGUUGUGGCACACCACCUUCACCAAAUGAUUGUAGAUGAUAGUCAGAACUCUAGUACGUUAAUAACUUAGUGUGUAAACAUAGGUAAUAAGAAGAGAUACCAUUUUCUUCUAGUCAUUAUGUAAACUGAAUAUGUUACUAAAAACUGUGAGAAUGUACUUUAUAGCUGUAUUAAAAUAAUAGAAAAUGUGAAAAAUAAGAUUUGCAAAUGAAUAUAUCACAAGUGACAUAAAAGAACGAACAUGAUACUAUCCUAAGAACUUACGAGAAUCAAACAGACUAUUUAUAGGUUGUCGUUAUGUUUAAGAACUUGUAAUGAAGUCACAAGACUUCAGCCUUCUCAUUUAUUGUCUUCAGUAUAGAUUUGUUUUGACUGAUAAUAUUUGGCAAAAAUGUCAUCUUUUGAAACCUCUAGAUUUGAAGUCUAUAAUGUAGUAAUUGUAUUUAUUUGUCAUAUUUUAUUGGUAGGGAGGUUUCUGUUUUGUAUUGCACAAAUAUCUGAGCACGAAUUGUUUUUAUAAAUGUUAGUUGUGUACCACUGAGUAUAAGCCAAAAAACUCUAUAGUGUAGUUUUAUAAUCAAAGUUCUUAUACUGGGUAAAUCUUUAAAUAGAUUUUGCUUACUAUUUAUUUAUGAGGCUGAAAUAAUUAAAUUUGAAAAAGGACUUCAUCUAUCUGUUUAAUUUUUUGGCAUUACAAUCACAAAACAAAAGUAUAGUUUUAUAUUAAAAGCUUUUUUUAAAAUUAAACGAUAAAAAAAGAAUCCAAUUCGUUUCUCUCGAAACAUUCACAUACUCCAAUCUAUCAAAUGAAAAGAUUAAAACAAGCUGCCCACACAGAUUAGAAGUAAAAAUGAAUCUAGGAAAGUUUAUUUAACUUAAUACACCAAUCUAACUAGAAAUAUUCAGCAUCAUGAAACAAAAACCGUUUUAUAAUAAGAAUGCAACAAUUCCUCAGUUGGUUACCGUUGCUGCUGUUCACUUAAAAUUUCCUCAUUUUGCAAUAUGUUCAUUUAGUUGCCAUGCUGAUGCAUGACUUGUAUUUCCUUCUGAUUAAUACCUUGUUUUAACUUAAGGUUUACUUUUUAGUGUAUUCUAUAAAGUAUAUGAUUUUAUUCCUUGCUGCUUAUAUGAUGCCUUAUUACUCCAUUACCUUUGAUGUAGCAACUACAGUCUGUAGACUUACAAAUGUUAGCAGGAAUGGAUGAAAUGGUUCCACCGUUAAAUGCAUAAGUUAAAACUAGGUACAUUUAAGAUGAGAGUGUCACUCUAACAGUUUUGUCUAAAUACAUCCUGCAAUUGAUAUACUUUGAAAAUGAAAUUAUUUCCAAAUCUGUCAAUAAAAACUGUUUCACACAUCA